AUGCCUCAUCAACACGGAUACAAAGUUGGCCCUGUGUCUCGUCAGGCGCAAGCAAGGAAGAAGGCUGGUCUCGAGCCUACUGUCUACCCGCAGGACCAGCUUGCUCGAGGAGAUUCCACCGCUAGCAACACCAACGCCGCCACCAGUGAUCCAACAUCGAGCAUGGAAACAUCAGCACCUUUAUCUACGGGAGUUAUCUUCCAGCCUGGCAAGAAGAAAAGAACGCCGACGAAUCCCAAUAACAUUUUCAAGCCCAGUUCGGACUCGACGACUGCUCGCAAUCUCUGUGGUAUUGAGUGGCAAGCCGAGCACAAGACAGGUACUAUUGCCGAGUUCGCCGCGCACUGGAACAGCCUUACGACGAAACAGAAGGAGUUUUAUGCCUCCCGCUCUAAGCUUGUCGAUGCUGCCAAGGCAAACGUGAUUGAAUUCAUAGCUAACUUGGAAGGCCUCAGCGCAUGACUCACCUGCGUCAAUUCGCCUCAUUACUACUUGCCCGUCUCUUCUCGGAUGUUUAUCGUUGCUUUCGUUUUAUCGCUCUUCCAACUUGGUCUCAACUGCUUAGUUAUCAUGACACGCUUUUUUCCAUACAACUGCUGCACUGUUCUGCUUGUUACUCGAUUGUAUGUUGUACGCUAAUUGUGCAUCAUUUGUGCAAGCUCCUGCAUUGUCCCAUUCACUUUUUUUAUUAUUGCCGCACUGUAUGCUAUGCAAUUUAAUC